CCAUGCCCAUGCCCAUGCCCACCGCGCGUGAGGACGUAUUGUAUGCGCAUACUCCACUUGCAUUGCAUCAAUCGGUGGCAGCCUUUCCCCACCCGUUUUCCCUCCAUCAGAUACACGACUCUAUCGGGCGACACUUGUCUCUCCCUCCAAAUAACUAGAUCUCGACCGUCCGUGAUGAUUGAAAAGCCUCCGGUAGUGCCGUUUCUCUCGUAGCCAUCCAAUGCGUCGACACUCUUCUGCCUUGUAACAUAUCUUCCCUUUAUUUGGUUGUCACGCCCGCCUUCAAUCUUUCCACAUCCUCGCUCGCUCUCCCGACCAACCAGCUUGCUCUCGAGGGCCAAUACAUACCACACAUUCGCCAUUGUCGGCUAUCGCGACAUUUUCAUUUCUUCUGCUCGACAUCGUCUGGACGGUCGACGCAUCUAGAAUCCUCGUAUUCGCCUAACCCGCCUUCAUCGAAUACUGUUGCGCUCCGCGCAUCACCGAAUUCACCAUGGCCGCCAGCAUCGCCGAGUUGCCCAUCAUCACCAAGUUGGAGCAGACCUUCAGAAUUCGACCGUCAACACCAGUCGCUGCCGGUAUAACACAAUUGCCUGCAGGCGACCAGGUCGGUGUACCGAUCGUUCUGCCGAAGAUCCUAUGCUUUGGGAGAAGUGCAGCGCUGCCGGAGGAACAUUUGGUGGAGGCGCUCAAAGUCGCGACUGCAGACGCCAUCGCCGAACUUCCCCACCUUUGCGGCAAGAUUUCCCUCGCCAACGAAGCCACCCGCCGAUGGCAACUCGAGAUCGAAGAAGAUGCCUCGGUGUUGUUCCGCGUGCGAUACUUCCCCGAGAAAUCCUACCAGGAGUACGAGCGCCUGAAAUGGCCGCCACACAUGUUGAGGCGCGAGGAGCUCUCGCUGUCCAAGUACCCCAUCAAGGGCGUCGGUACCUACAACUUUGCCGUCCAGGCGAACAUGAUCCAGGAUGGCCUCAUUCUCGCCCUGCAUAUGAGCCACAUUCACUUCGACGGCUACGCCCAUGCCCUAAUCGAGUCCGUCUUCGCCCACCACUUGUGCAGAGCCAUCGCACAGAAACCGGGUAAAUUGUCUGGAAUCAUCGUUCCGGAGGCAUUGGACAAGAGCGUGGCGUAUGGCACACAACCGGCGCGACCCAUCCUCGAAUGGGAGGACUGGCGAGCAGCUCCUCCGCCAAUGAAACUCGACGGCGUCUCGGAGGAACAGCUCUCGCAGCUCUUCGUGGCCUCGAUGGCGAACUUCUCUGUCUCGUUCUGGAAAUUCUCCGCCAAAGAACUCGCCCGGAUCCGACAGGAAGGGCAAGACACAACCCCCGGCGCCAAAAAACUCUCUCUCGCCUCCUGCCUGCACGCCUACCUCUGGAAGGCCGUCGUGCGCGCCCGCCGCCACGACCCCGAGCAGCGCACCCUCUGCCUCACCCCCGUCCAGACCCGCGGCCGCAUCAAGGAGAUGCACCCGCAAUGGUCCGGCAGCGCCCUCGUCUACAGUCGCGCGCACGCCACCGCCGGCGAAGUCGAAAAGGCACCCCUCUUCGACCUCGGCCGCCGCCUGGAGAAGGGCGUGGCGCGCUGGACACCGGCCCUGAUCCGCGAAUACUGGGGCUCGAUCGAAGCCUGCGAGGACCUGUCGACCAUCCAAGCCAACACCGACCGCGCCAAUGGCCCCGACGUCGAAUUCUCCAACAUCAGCAACUUGCCCUUCCACCGCACCGACUGGGGCAACGGCCUGCACGCCGCGGCCUGGCGCUGCACGGAGCUCGCUUUCACCGACGGAUACUUCAUCGUCGCGCCCAAGCACAACAAUGGCGACAUCGAGGUGCUGUGCUACAUGACCAAGAACACCCUGGCCAAUUUGAUCGAGGACCGCGAUUUCCGUCGCCGCGCAGAGUAUGUCUGCUCCGGAGACGUCGGUAUCGACGCCCGCAUUGCCGCUACUGAGCCGGCGCCGCGCGCCAGGUUGUAGAGGAGCAAUCCUCGUCUCAUCAUUUGCUUCUUCCGACACCCCCUUUCCCCCCUUGAAUCUCUGUUUUGUGUGUUUGAAUUUUUUGCUGCUCACUAUAUACCACGGCACCGUCGCCAAUCUCUUUGGACACUGUUUUGUUUCUUCAUCUUUGUUAGUUCGUCGCCCCUUUCUUGCACAUCUCGAGAGGUGGACAGCGGUUCAAAGGAUCGCUCCACCGAGUCUGGCGAGGAGGGGGGCGAGGCGACAUGGGCGGCGUAAUCAACAGGAGUUUUCGGAAUCCUCUUCACAAUAAGCAUACAGGGGGAGAGUUGUCUUCUCUCCCUCUCUUCCGGCCAGGCGCACAAAGGGCGCAUUGGAACUUUCUUCAGAUACCAUCUUUACUUUUACCAUAGCUUCCCUCUUCUCUCUUCCAACGAGGGAAAUGGAGAGGGGGAGAGAAAACUAGAACAAAUUAAUGCCAUUCAUGAAAACCAAAUCGGUCC